AGAAAAGGCCCGCGUCCCCCCUCCUCCUCCUGUCUUCGCCCAGCACAGCCUUGUUCGGCUACUCCCUCUCCCAACAAGCUACUUCUAGUCCGAUUCAUUUCAGAGGCGUGCCCGUUGUACCUAUGCACUGACAUUUUCACGUUCAUCGCCAGUAAAAUGUUCUGACGUUCAUAGUCUAACCUGCAACUGAUGCAUUCCCUUCUAAAGCCAGUGCCGUCUCCGUGACCCACCGUGAAACUUCCUCAUGCCUGUUGGCCUCUAUCAGCGCCACUACAAACACCCUGCAUCCACGGCCUAGGUGUUUUCUGCUCAGGGUCCGCUCGGAGGCUACAGCUAUGAACGUGUAACCAUAACAACUGCGCUCUGAUUGGCUCUUCUGGCACGGGAAUUAACAAGGGCGUCAUCCAAUCUCAGCGCAGGAAGCGCGUCGCGCUGGCAAAACCUCGUGAUAACCAAGGCACAGGGACGUGCAAGUGGCGACGUGAGGUGAGCCUGAAGGAAAUUACUGGACCCCAAACAAAGCGUGAGCAAAAGGGAUAAAUUAUUUAGAAGUAAACACGUUUAAAAAAUGAUGUUUUAACAUUGAAUUGGCGAGAAAACAUGUCUGGUUUGGCCAUUACGCAGUCCAUCAGCUGGCGCAGCUGAAUUUUUUCUCCCCUCUUCUCCUCUGGAUUUGUGGAUUGUGACAAGUAGCAGGACAGCGACCAAACAGGACCAGGACUACAGCAGUUCUCGGGGAUUGUCACUCCGCUGCCUUUGAACGACAGGUCCCUCCAGUUUUCGCCUGACAGCACACCUCUCUGAGCCAAGACGUUGUUCCGCGUAAACUCGGAGUGCCCAAGUCCGAGCAGCGCAGUCCGCGUGGGUAGGUCGGCACUCGGCGUCCUGCAGGCCGGCGAUAUGAUGGUCCAGUGUGCCGGGUGCGAACGGCCCAUCUUGGACCGGUUCCUCCUCAACGUGCUGGACAGAGCCUGGCACGCCAAGUGCGUCCAGUGCUGUGAGUGCAACUGCAACCUCACCGAGAAGUGCUUCUCCAGAGACGGAAAGCUCUAUUGCAAAAUUGACUUUUUCAGGCGAUUUGGCACUAAAUGCGCUGGCUGUCUGCAGGGAAUCUCGCCGAACGACUUGGUCCGCAAAGCUCGAAGCAAAGUGUUUCACCUAAACUGCUUCACCUGCAUGGUGUGUAACAAACAGCUGUCCACGGGAGAAGAACUCUAUGUGAUAGACGAGAACAAGUUUGUGUGCAAAGAUGAUUAUCUGAGCUCCGGGGCCAUAAAGGAAGUCAACUUGAACUCAGUGUCGUCGUGCACAGAUAGGAGUUUAUCGCCGGAUCUGCAGGACCCAAUACAGGACGACAUAAAAGAGACGGACAAUUCAACGUCCUCAGAUAAGGAAACGAACAAUAUUGAGAACGAGGAGCAGAACUCUGGGGCCAAAAGGCGGGGGCCCCGGACCACCAUCAAGGCCAAGCAGCUGGAAACGUUAAAGGCUGCUUUUGUUGCCACGCCGAAACCGACCCGGCACAUUCGAGAACAGCUGGCACAGGAAACAGGGCUGAACAUGCGCGUCAUCCAGGUCUGGUUCCAGAACAGAAGAUCCAAAGAACGGAGAAUGAAGCAGCUGAGUGCUCUGGGCGCCCGACGGCAUGCCUUCUUCAGGGGCCCGAGGAGGAUGAGGCCGCUGGGAGGCAGGCUGGAAGACCCAGACAUCUUAGGACCUGGAGCCUACGGUUACUAUGGAGAAUACCAAGGUGACUAUUAUGGACCAGGGAGCAACUACGACUUCUUUCCCCAUGGCCCUCCAUCAUCACAGGCUCAAUCUCCGGCUGACUCCCCCUACAUCCUGGGCUCUGGUCCCGGAGCGAUGGAGGGUUCAGGCCACCACCCGUCAGAUGACCAAAGGUUCACGGACAUGAUCUCCCAUGCGGAAACUCCCAGUCCAGAGCCGGGCUUACCAAACUCACUUCAGCCUGUCCCGGGGGAGGCAUUCGGGGGUGGGCCCAGUCCUCCUUUCUCCUUGGCCAGUAAUUCCAGUUACAGCGCUCCAAUGUCCCACCAAGGCCAGGAGAUGGGAGAAACCACCGCUUGGUAAAGGACAAAAACGCAGGGACCAUUGCCUAGGCUGAAUGUCAGCCUAGUUAAUUCAGGAGAUGAAUUAAAAAAACAAACAAAACAAACAAAAAAAAAAAACAUUGUGGGGUGAAAAUUACAGCUCAGAUUUUUAUGGACUGAUUUUCACAACUGAUGAACUGAUGGACAGAAUCAAGAAUGGGAUAGCUUGUAGGAGAACGUAAUAUUUGCUGCCCAGUAGACACUCCAAAGCAUAUCCCUUCCUGGAUUACUGGACUUGAAAUAUAUAUAUUUAAAAAGAAAAAAAAAUGCGAUUCCACCCAGCAAAAAUGCUUCUCGCCUUCCCCUUGACGUUAACGACGGUAUCAUCUAAUAGGGAGAAAUGCCAAAGGGGACAUGUUUAGUUCUCUUAGUUUCUCACCACCUUCUUUAAGACAUUGCUUCAAAGCAGUAUUAGUUUCCAUUCUGUUGCUCUUCAAUGCCACUUCACGCUCAGCAUAACAAAGGAGCCGGUUUUGAUACAUGCUUUAAUGUUCAUCUACAAACACGCCUGUUUCAAUCGAGGCAGCUUAUUUUAAACAUUCGCCAACAUGUCAAAUCAAAAGCUGCCACUUGAUAGACACGCUGACACCUCCAGCACGGCACUGACAUUCUCUAGCCCACGUCUCAGCUAUAAGUCCCUUAAUGCACACAAAGCGUUCUUGAUCAUAGCUCAAAAGAAGGAUGUCUAUACCAUUAUUCAAAACACGGACACAAUUAUACAGACACUUGUACCCACACACACACACACAUACACACACACGGACAAAUCUCACACCCAUCGAAGCGGCCCUGAUAGUUCUGCUCUGCACACUGCUUCACCUGACCUUCCUUUUGUUACUGUCCCUUUUAAAAAACAUGUUUUAAUGGAAUUGAUUUUCAAAAGAACAUUGAACCCAUAAUGGAGAAUGUCCUUCAACAGCUGAGGUCUCCUUCCUCUAAAGAGAGAAAACAAAAGAGGGGGCAGACAACAUCUGUGACAUUACCGCUGUCUGCUCCGAAGCACUCAUUGCCAUCUAGUGGCCACAUUUUUAAGGCACAGAGAAUUAAAAUAAGCUCAAAAGCGGCAGACUCGGGUUGUGUGUGUGUGUUUGUGUCUAUCACUGUGUGUGUGAACAUCUUUGUGCUUCAAAGGACAAAUUCUCUGCAUUUUAUUUCAGACCGAUCAGGGCCAAGUGUCACCACAGCUGCUAUUUGAAAAGUCCGCCUUUGUGAAAACAUAUUAAAAGAAAGAAUGAUUAUUUUUUGUCUCUCAAUUCCUAAUUUCAAGUCCAUGUCAUUCUUUACUCUCUCAGCUCAAUCUCAUCUCUACACAAAAUGUCUCAAACAGACCACAUCUAACACGAGGAAUGCUGUUUUUUUUCUGCAAUGAGUUAGCUCUACUUGAAAUUUUGUUUUCAGAUCGUCUGUAUUUCCUUUCAACAUUGUUUCAGAUGUAGGAAGAAUGUGUCUUUUUUUCUGUUGUAUGGAGAUAUUCUUGGAUACAGGACUGAGUGGGAGCUUGUCUGUGUCUUUCUGAACGCUUGCGAGUGUGUGUGUGUGUGUGUGUGUGUGUGUGUGUGUGUGUGUGUGUGUGUG